GGAUGUGAGCUCAGUCCCGCCUCCACGUUCCAGCCCCAGCCAGGAAGCGUCUGCUGGCAGUGGUCGCGGCCCACCCGCCGCCAGCUUGCCAGCCGAGGAGUCGAUAAGGCGCCCCGGGCCCUCCUAGCGCCGCCCACCGCUGGCGCCUCCCUAAUAGGUGCGGAGUGAAGGCAGCGCCCCCAGCGUAGACGCCGCGCCGCCUCGAGCCCGCGCACGCCCUGCCCCCGGCACGCUGGUGGCCGGGCCACGUGACCGCGCGCGCACGUGCUCAGGCCUCCCGGCGCCCCGGCUCGCCGCUUCCUGCCCUGCCGGCCCGGACGGCCUCUGUCCACCUGGAGACGGCGCACGCCACGCCGAAGCGGCGGCGACCCGGGGCGGCGGCGGGGACGUGGGCGCCGAGCGGCAGAAGGAGCAGGUGAGCGCCGGUAGGCGGCAGCUUCCGCCAUGAACCCCCGGGGCCUGUUCCAGGACUUCAACCCGAGUAAGUUCCUUAUCUACGCCUGCCUGCUGCUCUUCUCCGUGCUGCUGCCUCUUCGCCUGGACGGCGUCAUCCAGUGGAGUUACUGGGCCGUCUUCGCCCCCAUCUGGCUGUGGAAGCUCCUGGUGGUCGCGGGCGCCUCGGUGGGGGCGGGCGUCUGGGCUCGCAACCCUCGCUACCGCACGGAAGGCGAGGCCUGCGUGGAGUUCAAAGCCAUGCUGAUCGCCGUGGGCAUCCACCUGCUGCUGCUCAUGUUUGAAGUCCUGGUCUGCGACCGGGUGGAGAGGGGCACGCACUUCUGGCUGCUGGUCUUCAUGCCGCUCUUCUUCGUCUCGCCGGUAUCCGUGGCCGCCUGCGUCUGGGGCUUCCGGCAUGACCGGUCUCUGGAGCUGGAGAUCCUGUGCUCGGUCAACAUCCUGCAGUUCAUCUUCAUCGCCUUGAGGCUGGAUCGCAUCAUCCACUGGCCGUGGCUGGUGGUGUUCGUGCCCUUGUGGAUCCUCAUGUCCUUCCUCUGCCUGGUGGUGCUCUACUACGUCGUGUGGUCCCUCCUCUUCCUGCGGUCGCUGGAUGUGGUGGCUGAACAGCGAAGAACGCAUGUGACCAUGGCCGUCAGCUGGAUAACCAUCGUCGUGCCCCUACUCACGUUUGAGGUCCUGCUGGUUCACAGGUUGGAUGGCCACAACACAUUCUCUUACAUCUCCAUCUUCGUCCCUCUGUGGCUCUCCUUAAUAACUUUGAUGGCUACAACAUUUAGGCGAAAAGGAGGCAAUCAUUGGUGGUUUGGUAUUCGCCGAGACUUCUGUCAGUUUCUGCUUGAGAUUUUCCCCUUUUUAAGAGAAUAUGGGAAUAUUUCUUACGAUCUCCAUCAUGAAGACAGUGAAGAUGCUGAAGAAACAUCAGGUUCCGACGCGCCCAAAAUUGCUCCAAUGUUUGGAAAGAAAGCCAGGGUAGUUAUAACUCAGAGUCCUGGAAAAUAUGUUCCCCCACCCCCUAAGUUAAAUAUCGAUAUGCCAGACUAAAUUCUUUUUCUAGGCAGGCCCUUUAGGUGAGACAAAAACCAUACAUACAUACUUUGCUUUUCCCUUUGUUCAUCCCAAAGCCAGACCUGGAAAGAGGCACCAGAAACCUUGUUUGAGAUGCCUGUCAGUGACUUGGCAGUGUGCACCAUAGACAGAAAAGCUUGUUUUAAAUGUAUGUGAGUGAGGAUGUGUGUAUAAGAGACAGAACUUGCUUUCCAGGUUGAUGUUAUAGAGCUAGCGGAGGCAGUAAGUGGACCUCUUUUUGUGAGUUCUCAGAAAGAAUAAGUACACAGUCAUUUGUUGUUUUUUUAAUGUGCUACUAUACCUGUCAAAAGUAUUGGUUAAGAAGGUAUUUUUAUAUAGUGCUAGUCUUAAAAUUGUAUUUCAGAUUGUACCUGUUGUGACAAAGGCAAGUGUACAGAAUUCUCGUUCCCAGCUCAUAGCUGUUAUUUCUAGCAUUCCUACUCAUUUUUCUUUGGGCUUUGCCUAUCCUGGUCUUUAAUAUUCGAAGAGGUGAAUUUUUGUAAUGGAGUGAAAGUGUACGUAUAUAAUAUUUAUAUGGACAUUUAAGCAAUUUAUGUUGAGUACUCCAAAGUAUAGGGUAUUAUGUUAAAGUAUUUUUUAAGUUUCUAUGUGAAGAUAUAUAUAUAUAUUGCAGAAGUCCUUAAAGACUGCAUAAAAUGUUCGUUCAUGCCUGGCAUAGCAUCCUGUCAAAGCAGAAGGCGUUGGUACAGGAAUUGAAAAGCCCUUGCAUCUGAGUAUUCAAGUAAGAGGGAGACUACACAGUGCCAUUAGUAGAGGGAGGAGCCAAUGCCCUUUGGAAUUGGUGGCUUGCCCCUGUGUGGUACCAGGCUAUAAAGGACACUUGUUUACCACUGUCAUGAUCCCCGCUGGUAGGAGCAACCAAAAUAAGCAACAAGUGGUUUGGUCAUUUCUGAGGAUCUUAGUGGUUUGCCAUAUGUAAAAUGUCACCUCUCACUGAAAGAUGGGGAAGUGGCAUAAACAAAAAUGGCAACAGGAAGCUACUUUCAAACCGAAUUUAAGAGUUCAGGUUAUUUUUAAGAUAAGUACAGCGUUUCUUUAGGUGCCUGACCCCAGGAGGGGAUCUGAAGGGUGAAAGCCCUAACGUUCUGACUAGAGACAAAUAAAUUCUUGGGA